CCGGCCCGGAAGACCGUUAAUACCCGUGGUGGUGCCGUUCCAUCUCGGGCGCUGGAGUCGGGGGGUAGUUUGCGGGCUCCCUCGUGGCGUGCGGGUUAGGCAGGUGCCCCGCGGAGGUCCAGGUCGCCGAUGAGCACAGCAGAGCCCGGGCCACGAUGGACUUCCCCGGCUCGCUCCCACCCACGUUGUUUAGGACCGGCCCCCUUGGUGUGAGUAACACCCCUGACCUGUCUUUCAUGUGCAGCUGGAGAGACGCGCUCACCCUGCCUGAGCCCCUGGCCCAGAACUCCCAGAAUGGGGUGUCGUGCACGGCCGCAGCCCCGCUCUGGGAGCCGGAGACCCCCGGGCCCCUUCCCUUGCUGCCUCCUGGUCCCGAUCCCUGGGACCCUGGGGUGACCGCCCGGGACCUGCUUUUCCGGGGAGGUAUCCCGUUCCGAAGAAAGCCCCGGGCCGUGCUGGAUGUGACAGAACAGCUCAGCCGCUUCCUGUGGGACCACGGGGACAUAGCCUUUGCGCCCCUGGGGAAGCUGAUGCUGGAGAAUUUCAAACUAGAGGGAGCACGGAGCCAUUCUAAGAAGAAGACAGUGGUCAGUGUGAAGAGUCUGCUCCAGGACCUCGGUGGACACCAGCCCUGGGGGUGUCCCUGGGCUUCCCUCAGCUUCCGACAGCGCCGGUUCUCCAUCCUCGGGGGCCCCGUCCUGGGCACGUCUGUGGCCGGCCUGCUGGGAGAGCUGCUGCAUGAGGAGCUGGCCACGCGGUGGGAGCGGCUCCUCCUGGACGACGCGUUUACCGGGGGCGCGUUGGCCUGGGUGCCCGGAAGGACGCCCCAGGUGGGACAGUUGGUGUACCCUGCGGGAGGCGCCCUGGACAAGCUGCAUUUCCAAGAGGUCAGCGUGGCCCCAGGUGGUGACCCCCAGGCCCUCGGCGACCCUGGCCACAUCCAGCUCCGAGGGCCUGUCCGGCAGGUGGUGACCCACACCGUGCAAGGGGAAGCCCUGCUGGCUGUCCGGUCUGACUACCACUGUGCCCUGUGGAAGGUCAGUAAGCAGGGGCGCCCCGCCCCCCUCCGGGUGCUGCAGAUCGGGAAGGGGGCCACAGGGAUCAGCCUCAGCCCUCACCUGCCUGGGGAGCUGGUUGUCUGCAGCCGUUCGGGAGCCGUCUGUCUGUGGACCCCCCAGGAUGGGCUGCAGCAAAUUUACAAGGACCCCGAGACCCUUGUGUUCCGGGACCCCUCUCCCUGGCGCUGGGCAGACUUCACGGCCCAUCCCCGGGUGCUGACCGUGGGUGACCGCACCGGAGUGAAAAUUAUCGACACUCAGGGCCCGCCCGGGUGUGGUCUGCUGCUCUUUCGUGGCGGGGCAGAAGCAGCGUGCCAGAAAGGGGAGCGUGUCCUGCUGACCCGGUACCUGGGGGGGUGCGGCCCCGAGCCCCUGUGCCCCACGUUCCAUCUCAUCCUGACCCAGUUCUCGCUCUACCUGGUGGAUGAGCGCCUCCCCUCGGUGCCCCUGCUGAAGUGGAAUCACGACCUCCCCUCCGCCCCCCUGUUUGCCCAGCUGCUGCCCCCGCCCCAGCCCGGGCACGCACAGCCACUGCUGCUGGGGGGCCAGGGCGGGCACCUGCGGCUGUUGCAGCUCGCAGGAACGGGGGCCUCCGCGCCCCGGCUGGCGGGCCCCCCCCAGUCUCUCCCGUCCAGCAGCGACUCCCUCUCCGCGUUCCCCCUGCUGGAGCCCAAGAGUCAGUGGCGGCUGCAGGAGCGUCUGAAAGCGCCAACCCUAGGUCUGGCUGCCGCCCUCCUGCCCUCUGCCUCCGCGCCGGUCCUGUUUCUCUUCCAGCUUUCCGCGGCUGGGGAUGUCUUCGACCAGCGCCUCCGCCUCCAGGCGGACCCCGGGCUCGCCUCCGGCGCCCCCGUGGCUUCCUGGACUCCCCAGGCCACCGCCCGCUGCGGCCGGUGGCUGAAGGCCCUGCUGGAGGUACCCCUGCCUCCCCCCGUGUGGGCAGCACCCAACUUCUCCCACCGCCGUGUGCUAGGCUGCGUGGAACCGCGGCAGAUGGAACAGAAGGUGCCGGAGGGUCUCCGUGCGGCCAUGGCCGAAGGGCGACUCCUGCUGCGGAGGGACCUGGGCGCCGUCCGCUCUGCGGAGCCACCCCCUGCCCCCGAGCCAGGCCCCGAGGACGAGCUCAGUGCGCGUUUGGAGGCAGCCUGGGAAGGCCGGGCGGCCGCCUGGUGGGAGAGCCGGCAGGGCGGGAGCUCGGGGCCCGGGAAACGGCCCAAGCGGCACAAGCGCCGGACUCAGCUGUCCGGCACCUUCUCCUCGCUCAGUGGCCGCCUGGACCUCUCGGACGCCACCAGCCCCCCCCGCAGCCCAGACCGGACGUCCCCUGAGGCCGGGCCUCGACCACCGGUGACCCCGCCCUCCCAGGAGCUGACCCAGGAGCCGUGGGCUCGGGGUGUCCCCUCGGAGAGGCAGCAGACGCUCCGGGACUACAUGGCCAAGCUACCGCUCCGCGGGGACCCCCCAGGAGGCGUCUCCUCACCCCUGUCCCAGGCCUCCAGCGUCCGGGCCACCCCCUCCAGGCAGCAGCCCCUCCAGGGUGGCUCAGCAGAGCGGCCGCUCCGAAGGCACACGCUGGGAGGUGCCGCCGUGCCCUCUUCCCAGACCUCCAGCGGCUGGGCCACCCCCUCCAGGCAGCAGGCGCCUGUCCCCUCCGGUUCUCAGCCGAGGAGGAGGAAGCCCCGCAUGGGCUUCUGAGGCCCCGGGAAGCUGCUCCCCCACCCCGAGAGCCCUUCUUCUCCGACAGCCGCCCCUUCCAGGCUGGAGCCCAGGAAGUGGAGAGAACAGUCUCCAGGGGGCAGACCUUUCUGCUUCCUGGAGGUCACGGGACUGCAGGAAAUACCCCAGAAAUGAUCGGGAGCCAAGUCAGAGCCACGGGGACAGCAAAAUAGUCGUUUCUCCCCGUUUAUGCUUUUGCUCGAAGUUCCUUCCCGACCGCAUGUUGCAAAGGCCCCGGUGGUCUCGUCGACCCGUGCAAAGGCCUGAAGGUCCGUGUUGUUGGGAUUCGUUCCCUGCAGGGGACAGUGUUGCGCUUAAAAGCAGGGGCCCCGUCGACAUUGGGGUCACGGUGCGGGUGCCUCGCCGUGCUCAGGGAGGCUGCUGGUGCCAGUUAGUUGGUGUUUGUUGAGCAGUUUCGACCAGGAUCUAAUGUUCUCUAUGGGGAGACGCUCGGUCCUGCGUUUAGGGAUUGAAUAAACUCGGCCGCUGAGCCCGAGCCCGGCAGUGUCCCUUUGCGUGGCUUUUGACGUGUAACGUGUGAAUUGACGUCCUCCGAAGCAUGUGGCUCAGUGAAAGAUCCUGCUGUCCUGGGGGGAAAAGGGGCCCCCAGAAUGUCACAGGACACCAGGACUUCGCCCAGAUUUCUUAUCACACGUGAGGAGAAGACUGGUCCUUUUCUCGGGGCACCUGAGGGAAAGAGGCGCACACGACUCGCACAGAUAUUAAAUAACACCCUGACUCG